AUGUUACACGUUCUUAAACCUCCUCUUGUCCCUUCCUCCUAUCGGUACUCUUUCUAUUGCUCAAAGUGUAUCUCCAACUACCUCUACGUUGAGUUGUUUAUAACUUUUAGGGAGGUUUGUCGGUGGCUAUGCUUUGAUGCUGACUUGCGAUUUUCCUUUGUCGGCUUCUUCUUUGUUUUCUCUCUUCGGUUAACCUGUCUAGCGGAAGGUGGAACUUCAAGUGAUGAGCAGCAUUUGGGAAAUUCUACUAAUAUAGAAACUGCAACCCAGGAUGUUAUGCUUUGUCAAGAUGUUGCCAGAUGGAUCUUGAUGGAAAUUACCAAAGUGUAUCCCUUAUAUGUAGUUUAUGACUGCCUAGAUGAUCUUUCUGAAUGUUUUAAAUCAAAUAAACCUUAUGUUAGGUCCUCAAAGUAGACUCUUAAGUUAUCUGAAAGAUAUGAAAGAUUAAGCUGAUCACCUAUAAGCUAUUGUUCAAGCUUAUCAGAAGUUGUUUUCCCAUGUGAUUAGUAACAAAAAUGGCCUGUAGGCCAUAAGUACACAUAGAACCAUGAUCCGAAUGGAAAAUGACCCAACUGCACUUUUGUACCUUCAUUUUUUUUUUUCUAAUUACAAUGUUGUAAUUUGGUAAAUCUUUCAAAGUAGCAUGUUGCAGUGGGACAAAAUUUAUAAGAUGAUAUGAGAAAAAUAUACAUGAAAGUAUGUUGUGGUGGGGAAUUGAAU